AUGGUGUUUUCUUGGAGAGAAGGUCCAGGAGCUUGGCGACUACUGCUUUCGCUUCUGCUCUUCCCAAUCUGGGAGGCUGGGAGCGGCCAGGUCCACUACUCGAUCCCGGAGGAGGCCAAACACGGCACCUUCGUGGGCCGCAUCGCCCAGGACCUGGGGCUGGAGCUGGCGGAGCUGGUGCCGCGCCUGUUCCGGGUGGCGUCCAAAGGCCACGGGGACCUUCUGGAGGUAAAUCUGCAGAAUGGCAUUUUAUUUGUGAAUUCUCGGAUUGACCGCGAGGAGCUGUGCGGGAGGAGCCUGGAGUGCAGCAUCCACCUGGAAGUGAUCGUGGAGAGGCCGCUGCAGGUUUUCCAUGUGGAGGUGGAGGUGAAGGACAUUAAUGACAACCCCCCUGUUUUCCCAAAGGCUGUAAAAAAAAUGUUUAUUUACGAAUCGCGGCCACCUGGUUCUCGGAUUCCGCUAGAGGGCGCAUCAGAUUCAGAUAUAGGAGCGAAUUCGCUGUUGACCUACAUUCUUAACGCCAACGAAUAUUUUACCUUGGAUGUUCAAAGAAAUGAUAAGGAAAUUAAAUCCCUUGGCCUCGUGUUGAAAAAACUUUUAAAUCGGGAGGACACUCCUGAGCAUCACUUACUAAUAAUGGCAGUUGAUGGUGGGAAACCUGAGCUCACUGGUACUACUCAACUGACAAUCACCAUUCUAGAUGUAAACGACAACGCCCCAGAAUUUGAGAGGGCGGUCUACAAAGUCAGAUUAUUCGAAAAUGCACCAAAUGGUACCCUAGCAGUGAUUGUUAAUGCCUCUGAUUUGGAUGAAGGAGUAAAUAAGGACAUUGUGUAUUCUUUCAACACUGAAACGUCAGCAGAUACUCUAUCGAAAUUCCACUUAGACCCGGUUUAUGGAUACAUCACUGUAAAGGGUAACUUAGAUUUCGAGGACACUAAGUUAUAUGAAAUCCAGGUAGACGCGACAGAUAAAGGAAAUCCCCCAAUGGCAGAUCACUGCACUGUUCUAGUAGAAAUUUUGGACACAAAUGAUAACGUGCCUGAGUUGGUUAUCAAAUCACUAUCAUUGCCUGUAUUAGAAGAUGCUCCACUAGGCACUAUCAUCGCUCUGAUUAGUGUGUCCGACUCCGACUCUGGUGUUAACGGACAGGUUACCUGCACCCUGUCACCCCAUAUUCCCUUCAAGUUGGUGUCCACCUUCAAGAAUUACUAUUCGCUGGUGCUGGACAGCGCUUUGGACCGCGAGAGCGUGUCGAACUAUAACGUAGUAGUAACCGCGCAGGAUGGGGGCUCACCUUCGCUAUCUGUCACCGCCAGCAUGUCCGUGGAGGUGGCUGACGUGAACGACAACGCUCCGGUUUUCGCGCAGUCAGAGUACACCGUGUUUGUGAGGGAGAACAAUCCGCCCGGCUGCCACAUCUUCACGGUGUCCGCGCGGGACUUGGACGCGCAGGAGAACGCGCUGGUGUCCUACUCGCUGGUGGAGCGGCGCGUGGGCGAGCGUGCGCUGUCGAGCUACGUGUCUGUGCACGCGGAGAGCGGCAAGGUGUACGCGCUGCAGCCUCUGGACCACGAGGAGCUGGAGCUGCUGCAGUUCCAGGUGAGCGCGCGCGACGCGGGCGUGCCGCCUCUGGGCAGCAACGUGACGCUGCAGGUGUUCGUGCUGGACGAGAACGACAAUGCGCCCGCGCUGCUGCCACCUGGGGCGGGCAGCGGAGGCGGCAUGGUGAGCGAACUUGUGUCUCGG